UUGACCUGGAAGACGACUCCUCGUCUUCUACAGUAGAAAUGGCAGCUUUUGAAUUGUGAAAAUCGCAGUUUAUUAAUCAUACGUCAUGAUUUGUGGUGAGGAUGAAGACGACCCGUUCCCUGUCGAUGAUGACUGCUUGUCCACUGAGACGUUUUCACAAGAGACGGUGUACAGGCUGAUGGGCGAAGAACUCCGGAUAAAGCAGCUUUUCGGGGCCAACCUCGGCGUGGCUGCUCCUGUCUGGGAAGCUGCGCUGCAUUUAUGCCGCUACUUUGAGGAUCCGUCCGUGGAGCUGAGAGGAAGGCGCGUCAUAGAGCUGGGAGCAGGAACUGGGGUGGUCGGUAUUUUGGCUGCUCGUCUGGGUGCAGAGGUGACCGUCACAGACCUCCCUCUGGUUCUGCCACAGCUUCAGGCGAACGUCUCCGCCAACGUUCCCCCUGCCGGCUGGCCUUCUGCCCCUCCCGUUGUCCUCCCUCUGUGCUGGGGGGAGGACCACUUGACCUUCCCCUCCGACUGGGAUCUGGUGCUCUGCGCGGACAUCGUCUACCUGCCAGAGACAUACCCUCUGCUGGUGGAGACGCUGGCUCAUUUGUGCAAAAACGGGGCCGUGGUGUAUCUCUCAUCAAAAAUGCGCACAGAGCACAGGACUCAGAGUUUCUACGAGGAGCACCUGCAGAGCAGAUUUGAUGUGGAGCUUGUGCUUCGCGAUGACAAGCAAAAUAAUAAUAUUUACCGUGCGUCCAAGAGAGCAGAGGAGUAACAGGAGGAAGAGCUUAAUAAGAGACUGGACAGAAAACAGAUUUUGUUUACAACAAAACAGAGUAUAAGCAACACAAAAAUGUUAUUCAUCUCUGGGUUUAUGCUAGAUAUUUAAAGAAAGGAUUUGUUACAGAGAACAUUAUUGUUUUCAUGUGCUUGCAAGUAUUAUUGAACCUGAAAUUUAUGGAAGCUGUUGAUUUUUAACUUAAGUCUUAAUGUUUAAUUUCUCUACAAUGUUCAACCAAAUUUUGCUGCAAAUGUUUUUUUUUUAAUAAAAAGUAACUUGAGGCUAAUCUUUAUCUCUUGGAAUAUAUAAAGAAAUUUUACAGAUCCAGAAGCUUUUCAGUUCUCAUCACUGCCUAUUGCUAUGAGUUUGUUUUGCAUUUUGUAACAACCGCCUAAUUAAUGUAUGCGCGCAAUAACACAUUUUUAACACAGACACUGACAUUCUUAGCAGCAUUACUUUUAAUAAGUUAUUAGAAAACGUCAACACAAAGUUGCUCUCCUCCCAAACUGUGCUGUCAGACAUCAACAGAUGUCCCUCCCCUGCAGCCGCCUGUCGGUCCUUCAUCCCCUCUGCCCUGCACUCUGCUGAUGUGCAGCUUUUCUGUUCAGGAAAGGAAAGCCUGUUUGUUACGCUGGAGAGUUUCAAAGAAAGGGAGACGACCCGACUGCUGCCGGUCACUCCCUAAGCUACGAUUCACAUAACAAAACAACAGAUCUCUAUCUGCUCCCCGGACCAGCACCUCCCACGCGACUGUCCCAAAAAACACUAAUCACUUGUUUUUGUUGAAGCUUCAUUCUUAUAAUACCUCAUUACUGUAGCAACUAUUGAUGAUAGGAUAAAUAAUAAAAAAACAAAUUGCACAUAUGGGAUAUACCAAUAGAUUAAUAGAAUUUUUACUGAUUUAACAUCCUUUUUUGUGUAUAAUAAAUGCAAAUUAAAAAAAAUAAAUGAAUGCCUCUUUAAAUAAAAUUUUUGUUAUCACGUUUCAGAAACA